AUGGCCACAUUAGAUCAGGAAGACACAUCCGCUGGUGUCGCUGCUGCGACAAACUUUGGAAUAGAUCCAAGCGAUCCUCUUUAUCUACAUCCGUCAGAUAAUCCUGGAGCGAUGCUCGUCUCGGUUCCUUUUAGUGGAAUUGGAUAUAGGUCUUGGAGACGCAGUGUUAUGCGUGGUAUGUCCGUCAAAAAUAAGCUUGGGUUUAUAAGUGGAGAAUGUAAACCACCAGAGCCUCAAUCUCAGAGAUUCCGACAAUGGGAGCGAUGCGACGAUAUGGUAACGUCUUGGAUUCUAAAUUCACUCUCUAAAGACAUCGCGGAUAGUGUGGAAUAUGCUAAUAAUGCUGUUGAGUUGUGGAGAGAAUUGGAGGAUCGAUAUGAGCAGACUAAUGGUGCUAGGCUAUACCAGAUCCAAAAGGAGAUAAACGACUUGUCUCAAGGUGUGCUGGAUAUUACAUGUUAUUAUAGUAAGCUGAAGAAGCUGUGGGAAGAACUAAAUACUUUGAGCAAAAAGACUCAUUGCAGUUGUAUCUGUACAUGUGGUGCCAAGGAGAAUAUGCACAAGGCCGAGCAGGACAGAAGAUUGAUACAAUUUCUUAUGGGACUUAAUGAAGUCUACACUGUCGUACGUGGAAGCAUUCUUAUGAUGAAUCCGCUACCAAAUCUUGCACAAGCCUUCUCACUACUCAUUCAGGAUGAGAAACAGAGAGAGAUCAAGCCAAAUAAUCAAAUGCUAUUUGAGUCUGCUUCCCUAAGUGUCAACACAUCAAAACCUGGUUCUUACAGAACAAAUUAUGCUGCCAAUAACAGUUCAACUGGAGGCAAUAGGCCCCGUCCAUUUUGUGACUACUGCAAGAAGCUAGGACAUACUAAGGACAAAUGCUACAAGUUACACGGGUACCCUCAGAACUUUGGAAAUUCACACACUCAGAAUCCAAAUAGAGGACAGAACAUGAACCAAGCUGAAAAGUUCAGCAAAGGAAGGAGAAUAGUAGCUAGUGUGCAGGGGACUCCUUAUGAGGCAAUGCCAACUGGAAAAGAUGGAUCAGAAGAUGGAAAUGAGGUCGGGCAAGUCAACCUCUCUAAGGAAGAGUAUGGACAGAUCAUAAACUUGCUGCAACAUUUUCAAAUUGGAACAGGAGGAGAAAGCUCCAGUUGCACAAACUAUGUCAAUGGUGCUGUGAACUUUGCAGGUAUAAUAGUAUGCACUUCCUCUAUUGAUUUUAGCAAAUUGUCCUGUGAGUGCUUCAAAAACAAGGCAGACUCUUGGAUAUUAGAUUCAGGAGCAUCUAAUCACAUGACCUUCAAUAUGUCCUUAUUAACCAACAUUGUAACCUUACCAUAUCCCUUAUUGGUAGUUCUUCCAAACGGAUAUAAGGCCCCUUCAAUGAAGAGGCCUCUGGAAAUUGGUAAAGUCAGUGAUGGACUCUAUCUCCUCUGCCCAAGUAUGUCUAAGGAUACUUCUUCAUUUCCCUAUGUCCUUCAAUCCAUUCCUUUCAUUGAUCACAUGUCUAGUGAGAAUGAGCAAAGUCAAACUAGUGAGUCAAAUGAUCAAGGGGUUUCAAAUGUCACACAUCCAGAUUUGUCAUCUGAUCCUUCAUCCCUUUCCCCCAAUAACAUAGAUUCACUUGAUUCACAUACUCCAGAAGAUCCAUAA